AAAAUGAAGUUAUUAUGUAUCAUGUUUUAUGCAAUGAGCCUCGCCUUUGCCGAAAGUAGUGAUGACUUCUACACGCGAUAUUGGCCGAGACAAGUGAUGGAGAGGUUGAUCCCUCCACCAAAAAAAUUUUGCUGCCCAACCAAUGAAAACUUCAUGGAUACAUACCGCAAGGGCUGCGAAAUUGAUCGAUGUUUUGCUCGUAUAAAUGAAACCUGCACGGAUUACUUGAAUGAUAUCAGCUUAGAGUACAUCCCCCCGGGCCAGCCCUUGGACCGGCGCUGCCACAACGGAGCCAAAUGUGAGAACGGAAAAUGUAGAUUGGACCGCAUCAACGACGACGAUUACAUGAGAUUUGUAAGAAGAAUCCAAUAUAAUAUGUAAGAAAGUAACACCAAUAAUGAAUACGGCAUUACGGUUAAAUUUCCCUUUAUAUAUUAUUAAUAUUAUCUAAUUAAGACAUGAUCUCAGUAGAUUUAUUAGGUAUGUAAGUAGUGUAUUGAUUUUCUCUUCUGUGAGGUAAUUUUAAAUACAUAAAUAAAUAA